UUCGGAUUUACUUGGAAAUGUGAACGGUCUAGCAAACAAAUCAGAUUUUUUCAAAAAAUCCGAAUUGAGCAUUAAGCCCUGCAGUGUGAACGUAGCCAAAAACUGUUCCAGCCAGCUAUGUGGUGUACUUCAGCACCUGUACAACCUGAGCCUAUACCUUCAGAGGAUCCCAGUGCUGUGGAAGACUUCCUGUCUCGUCCCAGUGCCAAAGAAAAACCAUCCUGAGGCCCCCAGUGACUACAGGCCUGUAGCGCUGACCUCAUGUUAUGAAGGUCAUGGAGCGGCUGGUUCUGGCACAUCUCAGACCCCUGCCUUCAACACCAUCCAGCCGAGACUGAUGAGGGAGAAGUUAGGGAAGAUGCAGGUGGAUGCCCCCCUGGUCUCGUGGAUUGAGGACUACCUGACAGGUCGACCUCAGUUUGUGAGAAUGCAGAGCUGUGUGUCUGACACCCUGAUAAGCAACACAGGAGCCCCUCAGGGAACCGUGGUGUUCCUCUUCCUAUUCACCACAUACACAGCUGACUUCCAGUACCACUCUGAGCUCUGUCACCUCCAGAAGUACUCUGAUGACACAGCUGUAGUCGGGUGUGUGAAAGAUGGACGGAAAGAGGAGUGCAGGAGCCUCGUGGAGCAUUUCGUCAGGUGGUCUGGGGAAAAUUACCUUCAGCUAAAUGUGGCCAAGACUAAAGAGAUGGCGAUUGACUUUAGCAGGAGAAAGUCUCCGCCCUCCCCAGUCUGUAUCGGUGGGACGGAUGUGGAAAUUGUCUCGUCCUACAAAUUCCUGGGUGUACAUCUAGACGAUAAACUGGACUGGUCCACAAACACUGAGGCGGUCUACAAGAAGGGCACGAGCAGACUUUACUUCCUGAGGAGACUCAGGUCCUUCAAUGUUUGCAGUAGGAUGCUCCACAUGUUCUACCAGUCUGUCAUGGCGAGCACCAUCUUCUUUGCUGCAGUGUGCUGGGGUGCUGGCAUCAAAGCAAAGGACGCCAACAGACUGAACAAACUCAUUAGAAAAGCAGGGUCUGUUAUUGGCUUCAAGCCUGCCAAUCUGGAAAAGGUACUGGGGGACAGACUACUGGCUAAACUGGGGACCAUCAUGGACAAUCCCUCCCACCCCCUCUUCAGGGAGGUGGACAAACUGAGAAGCAGUUUCAGCGGCAGACUUAUACACCCCUGCUGUGCCAGAGAACGACACAGGAAGUCAUUCCUGCCAUCAGCCUUUAGACUCCACAAUUCAUCUGGCAGACUUGGAUGUACAUGAGAAUUCUAGAGUUACAGACUGUACAGUUAUUUUAUUAUUAUUUUAUUCAAAUUUUUCCUCUUUUCUUCCCUGUAUAUUUUGUGUCUGUGUCUGUCUUUAUCCCCCCUAUUUCCUUAGUGCUGCUACUGCAACUAAAUUUCCCUUCUGGGAUUAAUAAAGUUGUUCUUGAAUCUUGAA